AUGACAUGGAAGGCGGGGAUAUCGAAACGCGGACAACGCGCGAAACACAAGUGCGCUCGCGCCGCUUUCCCGACUUUCCAGCCGGUGACGUUCACGCCCCCACUGCCGCACAAAAAUAUUUACGUUUGUUGCCGUAAACGCACUACAAAGGUCGCUACCAAUCAAUUAGAGCGCGGGGUGGAGCGUGGAGCCGACGUGACGACGACGUCGUCCGAGCGGGGCCGACGGUACAGUGCGGAUACGACAACACCAGCGGGGGACGAGGUGGUGCGCCACUUUAUCGCGGCGAGCCGGCAACACCGCGCGGGGACGGCGAAUUCUGCUAAUACGGCUGCAUACGCAGGACACAAAAUUAGUUAUCCGGGAGCUGUGGCUCCCGAUAGUGGAAAACAGAAUUAUUAUCAAGAAACCAUAGGAUACAGAGUAAACACGCAAAGUUAUGGGUGCCAUGGCGGUUCGAACGCGAUGAGCGGCGGCGGCGAGAACGCGCAGUUCGGCGCCACCGCCGCGAUGGUCGCCGCGGCCAACACGGCCGCGAUGCAGGACUCACAGCCAUUCUCGCAGAUGCAAAACAACAUGGCUAUGGGCAAUCCCCAGUACAGUGCGAUGAAUGGCUACGGUCAGCAGCGCAGCCAUAACAACCCCGCCAUGACAGGGAUGGGCAUGGGAGGAAACGGAGGCAUGAAUGGCAUCAACGGUAUGAAUGGAAUGAACGGCAUGACCGGCAUGACGGGCAUGGGCCAGAUGGGGAACGCCUCUAUGAACGGCAUGAACCCCAUGGCGCAAAUGGCCAACAUGGGAAUGCACGCCAAUAUGAUGCCUUCGCAAAUGGGGCCCGGACAGAUGGGAGGCUCGACGAAAAUGGGACCCGGAUAUCAAAGGCGACACACGCCCUAUCCUACGGGAACUAUGCUUAUGGGCACAAGGAAAAGCCAAUACAUUGGCGGCCAGCCGGGCUUCGGUCCUGGGCAGUACCCGUCUGGGUAUGGCGGACGACCUGGCUUCCAGGGGCAGUAUCCCCCGCAGCAACCCCUCGGACCAAGUGGAAACUUCGGUCCCACAAUGAGAGGGAACAUGCGACAAACGACGCCGCCCUACUCAAACCAAGGGCAAUAUUUCAAUGGCGGAGUUCCUAAUCAUUUUCCCCAACAUCAAGCAAGUUCUGGGCAGUACGGUGGGCAAUACAGUGGCCAGUUCGCGCAAGAAGUGGCGAUGAGGACUAACAGCUAUCAGCACAGUCCUGUACCCGGAAACCCUACCCCGCCCUUAACGCCAGCAAGUAGUAUGCCUCCGUAUAUCAGUCCCAAUGCUGAUGUCAAACCUCAUUUUAAUGAGCUCAAACCACCGAUGGGUAUGCAAAAUGAUGAGCUUCGACUAACAUUCCCUGUAAGAGAUGGUAUUAUAUUACCACCAUUUAGAUUAGAACAUAAUUUAGCAGUUAGCAAUCAUGUGUUUCAACUGAAACCGACUGUACAUUCAACAUUAAUAUGGAGAUCGGAUCUAGAACUACAAUUGAAAUGUUUCCAUCAUGAAGAUCGGCAAAUGAAUACGAAUUGGCCGGCCAGUGUCCAAGUAUCGGUCAACGCGACGCCUUUAAUUAUAGACAGGGGGGAAAACAAAACAUCACACAAACCAUUGUACCUGAAAGAAGUCUGUCAGCCAGGCAGAAACACGAUACAGAUCACCGUCUCAGCAUGUUGUUGUUCGCACCUUUUCGUCCUCCAACUAGUACAUCGACCCAGCGUAAGAAGUGUGCUCCAAGGGCUCUUAAGAAAGAGAUUAUUAACGGCUGACCACUGCAUCGCUAAAAUCAAGAUGAAUUUCAAUCAGACGUCUAAUAACAACGGCACCAACACGCCGAACGAUAGAGAUAGCAUCGAACAAACAGCGUUGAAGGUUUCAUUAAAAUGUCCUAUAACGUUCAAGAAGAUAACACUACCUGCGCGAGGGCACGAAUGCAAACAUAUACAGUGCUUCGAUUUAGAGUCAUAUCUACAACUUAACUGUGAGAGGGGGUCGUGGAGAUGUCCAGUUUGCAAUAAACCAGCUCAACUAGAAGGCUUAGAAGUCGAUCAGUACAUGUGGGGUAUCCUCAAUUCACUGAAUACUUCAGAUGUGGAUGAAGUCACUAUUGAUAGUGGAGCAAAUUGGAAGGGAGCGAAGAAUUCCAAUAAUCCUAGUAUAAAGCAAGAAGACGACAGCAACGACAGCAGUGGGAAGCGGGGCAAGGCUGUGUCCCCAGGAUCCAUGAACAUGCCCACAAUGAACAACUGGGAUAUGAACCAGGCGUUAUCACCCUACCUACCUCCCGACAUGAACACGAUAGCCAGCGGUUCCAUGAUAUCCUCAUACAAUCAAAGUAGUCAGAACAGAGCAUCAGCUUCUAAUAGUCAAAACUACGAUUUCGUGUCAAUUCGUUGGACCCCCCUGAACGCUAUGGAGAAGAGUCUCAACGAACAGAUGCCUCACACGCCACACACACCCCACACGCCAGGGUCCGCACACACACCAGGAGGGGGAGGGGGUGCUCACACACCGGGCUCGAGUCAUACGCCCGGCCCCCCUUCAGUUGGACACCAUUCACUCAAUGAUGUCGACAUACCAGCUGACCUGAAUUUCGACCCCGCCGCAGUCAUAGAUGGUGAAGGGACUGACAACCUUAAUCUGUUGCCAGAAACAAGCGUAGAUCCCAUGGAACUACUAUCAUAUUUGGACGCACCCGCUCUCGGGGAACUUCUAGCGACGCCACCAUCUUCAUCAUCAUCCGCGGGCUCGCACCCACCCCGGGCACCAUCAUCCGAUGAUCUUUUGGCGCUCUUCGAAUGA